GGCACCGCGACGGCCGUCAUGAGCCGCGGCGCCAGGGCUGGGCCCCGCUCGGCCUCCGCCGCCCCUCGGCUGGCUGACAGGGGCAGCGGCGCGGCGGCCGAGGAAUCUCAUGAUCGCGUUCUCUUGGAUAUUCCUGUCACUAGAGAGCAGAUGAAUCACUAUCGAGCUGCAGCUGAAACUGCUCAAAGUGAACUUGCAGCACUUUCAGUGAAGUAUGAUUGUGCCCAGUCAGAGCUUCUUGAACUCAGGUCCAGAAUGGUCUCUAAAGAAGCCUCUUUUCAAGAGCUGAAGGCUAGAGCUGAAAGCUACAAGGAAAACAAUGCUAGACAGAUGUCUCGCCUCCUGUCUUUGCAAACCCGAGUUCAGGAGAUGGAGGAAGAGGCAUGUGUGCUCACCAGUUCUAAAAAUCAGGCUGAACUGACAGCUCAGGCAGCAUUCAAAGAAAAUGGGGAGCUGAAGGAGGAGCUUCAUGAACAAAAUGCCAAACUUAAUAAAUAUUUGAAGGAGUAUGAAGAAAGCAGGACUCAAGCUUCUAAAACCAGCAGAAAGUAUGAAGAGCUCCUUACACAGCUUUCUGGAUUCUUGGACACAGACAUCAGUGAAAAAGAGAAACCACAGGAACAUUUAAUGUCAAAGGUCUCUGAAAUAUGUAAAGAAAAUCUGACACUAAAAGACCAGGUUGCUGCUCUUCAAGAAGCUAUCAACAUCCAUGAGAUGGAGUCCAAAGCUAGUAGAGAAACUAUCAUGAGGCUUGUUUCAGAAGUGACCAAGGAGCAGAAAAAGGCAUCAGAAUACUAUCAAGACAUGGAAAAACUUAGUAAGGAUCUUGACAGUGCUACCAUAGAAAGACAGAGUUUGGAGAAGAAGAUCAGAAACCUCCAAGAUAAACUGAGUGCUAAUCAGAAAGCUUUGGAUGCCUCGAAGCUGGAACUGCACGAUCUGAAGAAAUCUUCCAGUGAGCUGGGUGGAAGCUUGAAGAGCAGCAGAGAAGAGGCCAGGACUGCUCAGAGCUCUUUAGAGGCUUUUAAAGAGCAAAUUGCUACCCUACUCUGUGGUGGAUCUGCAAAAGUUAAACCUUCCGAGAAGGCCAUUUUGGAGAGGAUCCAAGAAAUAAAUUGCAAAGAGCAGAGUAAAGAAAUAAUGGUAUCUCAGCUUGAAACCCAAAUAGCUAAAUUGACUGAAGCUUUGGAAAAUCAGACAAGACUGUAUCAAGAAGCUCUGGAGAGGAGCAGGAAAGCUGAAAAAUCUUCUGAAACUUUCCAGGAUCAACUGAAACACUUGGAAGAGGAAUUACUGUCCGUAGAUCUGAUGCAAGAUGGUUUGAAGCUUGAGAAGCAAAAAUAUCUGAAAUUUCUGGAGCAACUUAAUGAGAAGAUGAAGCUGGAUAGCCUAGCAGCAGAGGUUGGAUUUGAUAUGAAUGUGGAUGCGAUUCUAGCCCGGGUAGAGCAGUUAGUGAAACUGGAAGGUGAUGCAGUGAUUGAAAACAAGACAAUGGCAUAUAGCCUAAGAAGGAAGUUGAAGACUCAGAAAGAAAAACUUGAAAGCAAAGAGCUGCACGUGAACCUUCUGCGUCAGAAAAUAACCCAGCUGGAAGAAGAGAAGCAAGUAAGGUCUGCCUUAGCUGUGGAGAGGGAUGAGGCCAAUCUCGCUGUCAGAAAGUUACAGAAGAUGAUGGAGAGGCUACAGAAGCAGCUUAAUCUGGCAAGGGAAACAAAUACUGAUCUCAAAGCCAAGCUGUCUGAAACCAAUGAACUUAAGAUCAAAACUUUGGAGCAGAACAGAACAAUAGAAGAACUCAAUAAGUCUCAAGGCAAAUUGGAAAGAAUGAAAGAAAAGGCUGAGAAACAACUUACUUCUGUCAAAUCAGAACUUCUUUUAAAGGAGCGUAAAGCUGCUGAAGACAAAGAAAAAACCAAAAAUACGUUAGAAUCAGUUACCAGUGAGAUGAAGAUGCUUAAAACAACCCUUGCAGAAUUGGAAAAAAGAGAGAGACAGCUGGCAGACUUCCGAGAGGUCGUCUCGCGGAUGCUGGGCCUCCACACUGCCAGCCUGGCUCUUCCUGACUAUGAAAUCAUUACACGUCUUGAAGGGUUGAUUCGCUCUCAUCACCACCACUACUUCCCCUGUGUCUGCCUCAAAGAUGUGACAAGGGCACCAGAGGAACACUCACCAAGAAACAUACAGCUUCUUCACUGAAACACGCGUAUUGUAAGGAGACAGAACGAAGUAAAAUUUUUUUUUUUAGUGCUCCCCUACCUGCUAGACAUGCAUAGAAAACAGAUAUUUAUUUCUGUUCCUUGCUCUACAGAUACCGUCUUGGGCUGAUUUUUAGUGUUUCAGUAGGGAGACUGAGCUGAAUGGAUAGAGUAAAGCCAGCAGCCUAGAGACAGCAAACAGAAAAUCCCUGGGCAGCAUAGUACUUCUGGUAUGAAAAUGAUUGGCAAUACGUGAACAAUGUAUAGCCCUUCAUUUUCAUUGCAGAGGCACUGAAGGUAUGAGCCACCGGAGGUCAGUUCACAGUCUUGGGAAGUACUUGGUAAUGAGCGUCAGCUUCAGUAACAUUCCUUGUGUUUUGCCUCUGGGUGACAGGGAUGAAAUAAAAUGGGGGUUGUCCUGCUGCUGUUCCACUUGCAAAAUGGACCUCUCUGCAUUUUUACACAUGAGGACUUGAGCUUCAAGAGAGUCAGCUGAAAGUUAGAUAGAGGACUGUCACAAUUUUGGAACAAGGGAUUUUUUUUCUUCUUCUCUUGUUUUCCUCAGUCCGCUCUUGUGCCAAAACAAAAAGUUAUGCUUUUUCAGCAAAGGCUCUUUCACAGGCUUCAGCCAUGUGCCUGAUGUAGAUAUAUUUGGUAAAAUUGCAUGUUGUCCUUGGUCAUGGUGCCUUGAAAAUUUUUCUUCUGGCUCCUGUAUUCUUUGGGCAGUUAAUCCGUAGGCCAAAUGAGGGGCACAUCUGAGUUAGUAACAAGUUACUUUAAAAUGCUUAUCCGCUACAGAAAAUAGUUGAAUUA